AUGUUCACAUGUAGAGACGACGCAGCAGCUCUGCAGUAUCGGAAGUGGAUGCAGUAUAGAGCCUCAUUGCUGUUUCUCGCUAAGAUUGAGUGCGGCCUCAGAGGGAAAGGCUGGGCUCCUCGAGAGCUGUUGUUUGGCUCGCAACAAGAGUUUCUGGACAUAUACCAAUGGCUCACGCAGUGGCGCGAGGCACACUUGAUCGACUUCAAGCAGGCGCUGGCACGGCACAGCUUGCUGUGUUCAAUCGAGACUACGGAGGAGAUUGUCGAUGACGAAGAGGAUAAGUCGAUGUUGUAUACGCAGGCUCCUCCUGAUUCAGAGAAUCUUAGCACUUUGGCCCGCCGUCUUGCCACUGAACCGGAUUUCACUUACGUUUCUGGCAGUCAGAGUGACGGUGAAAGUAAACCUUAA